AUGCCGCCUCCCAGGACGAGAGCGGAGGUUCAUGCCCAAAAACAAAAGGAGAAGCUCGCCCAGUCCUACCAUGAAUUACUCGAGGAAUUCUCUUCAAAGGAUCUUCGGAGUGUAGGGAACUAUACACUCGGAAGGCUAAUUGGGAAAGGUUCCUUCGGCAAGGUUUACCUGGCGUCCCAUAAGCUCACUAAUGGCUCCAAGGUUGUGCUCAAGUCCUCAAGUAGAGAGGAUACGAAUCUGCCGCGCGAGAUUCAUCAUCAUCGUCAGUUUCUGCAUCCUCACAUUGCCCGCCUCUACGAAGUUAUCGUGACGGAGAAGCUGGUUUGGCUGGUGUUGGAAUAUUGUCCAGGUGAUGAACUCUACAACUACCUUCUUCGUCAUGGCCCACUACCCGUUGACAAGGUCAAAAGGAUUUUCACGCAACUUGUCGGUGCGGUGGCCUACGUUCACAGCAAAUCUUGCGUCCACCGGGACCUGAAAUUGGAGAAUAUUUUACUAGACAAACAUGAGAAUGUCAAACUAUGCGAUUUUGGGUUUACUCGGGAGUAUGAGGGCAAAGCAAGCUACCUACAAACAUUCUGUGGUACGAUAUGUUAUAGUGCCCCGGAGAUGUUGAAGGGUGAGAAGUAUGCAGGCGAAAAGGUCGACGUGUGGAGCUUGGGCAUCAUUUUAUAUGCUCUCCUCGCUGGGGAGCUUCCCUUCGACGAGGACGACGACCAAGUUACCAAGACUCGGAUCCUCACGGAGGAUCCUGUCUACAAUGACAGAUUUCCGGAUGAUGCAAAAACUCUUAUAAACUUGCUCUUAUCAAAGCGCCCUCUGAUCCGGCCGAGCCUAGACGAAAUUUUGGCGCACUCGUUCCUUGCCGAACAUGCCCCGGACCAAUUGGCAAUAUUGAAAAUCCCACGACCUGCUCCUUUUACCACGCCACUAGAGAAGACAACCUUGCAGCGGAUGAAAAGUGCCGGCGUCAAUAUUGAUGAGGUGGUCGACAGUGUCCUUGCUCAACGAUGCGACCCACUCGCCGGUUGGUGGGCAUUGCUGAUUGAAAAAGAACAACGGAAGGAGCAAAAACGAGAGCGUAAGCGAAGGGAGCGAGAAGCUGAAGCGAAGAAUAUUCGUCGCCUGAGCGCAGCCAGCAGCCGGCUAGAGAAAAUUUCAGCCGCCCUUGUGGAAGUUGAUGAGGAGGGGCAUGCCUCCCUGAAUGCACCUCUCCAGGAGCGCGGUCGCAGGGAUCGACGGAGUUUACCUUCGCAGCUUGCUGUACCUGAGUUGCCUAGUCUACCGGAGCCAGUUCCCAUCCAAUCCCCAGCUUCUAGCAAUCCGCCUCCUCCCGUUGACAAAGACUCUGUUAGGUCUGCUAGUUCUACCCGACACCGCCCGUUACCACCUCCCAAGGAUAGAAGACGUUCAAGCAGGCCAAGUACAUUGCAUGUAAGCGCCUCUCAACCCGAAUUAGCCCAACAUAAUGGGAUCUUCAGACGUCGCACUGGGCGCCGUCAGUAUCCAAUCCUCAGUCAACUGGCGUCCCUUAAACAUUGGUUUGUCGAGUCUACGAAGAGAGCCAAGUCCCCCCACACCAAGGCUGCUGGUGCACAAGGGACCCAUCGCAAGUUUCUUUCGGACAAGCUAAGUCCGUCCAAAGGGCAGGAUACCGGGAAGAAAUCUGCGCAGUCUUCUUCGACUGGCCCCACAACGGGAGAGUUGUCGACACCGACACAGAUAAAGCGCGCUUCCAAUGCCAGCAGCCUGGCCCGCAGUAGUACUUCCUAUCCCAAUCACCGCCACUCUUAUCCUCGCCAGACUCGACCUUUGAGCACCAAUGCAAGUCACCGGAACUCCUUGUCUCCCUCUCCAAUCACGCCUCGGGGUUCCUACAGGCGAUCCUCUGCUGGCCUGCGAGGCCGCAAGUCAACCUCGUCUUCGAUUUCCUCUAUUCGCAGCAUCCACCAUACUCACACGCAUUCAAAGGCGUCGUCUGUUUCGUCAAACAGCAUCGGCUCAGCAUCAACCCCGACAGCUCGGGCCUCCAGAUCCCCUCAUUCCUCCGUUAAAGUUCUCCCUACCACUCCCAGCGCCUCGUCCCGUUUUCCCAGCAAUAUCCGCUUGGUUAGAGGCAUGAACAGUGGGUUCCAAGAGGUGGAUGAUCCCAAUGGUAGAAUGACUUCUAUAUUUAACGAAUCGGCACCUGCCCCCUUAUUAUAUUCGCCGUCGUCAAGUCUUGUGUUUGCACGCCGCAAACGAUCUGCAUUCAAGGGGCCUAUGGUCCACACUGCGAAUCUCAUGGUCUCUGGCGGCAUGGCUGCCCCGGAGUUUCCCCGUAGUGGUGCCGCCGUCGUGGAGACCUCAAACGCAGCUCGACCUGUGGCGCGAAAGAGCCAAAUCAUAGAAGAAGACAUAGAGGAAGAUGAAGAUAUCGAAGAAGUCGACGCAUUUACGGGAACCGAAGAGGAGCCUGGAUCACCCACUGAAAUGAAGACAGAUGAACACAUAGGGUUGGAGUAUGCUAGUGACUUGUCUGGGCGAAGCUCUAAGCCGGUUCUAGCCCCAGCUCCUGACCUUGAUACCAGUCCAUUGCGUCCCCCACGUUCAUCUUCACUCAAGACAUCAAAGCUGAACGCAGCAACUGGCAAUUCUCCGAGAUCGGUGCGUUCCGGGAAGAGAGCCGUGACAUAA